AUGGCGCUGGCGAUCGCGUCCAUGGCGGUCGUGCUCGUCUUCUGCGACGGGUCGCUCUUCGGGUACCAUCCCGCGGCGCUCGCGCUCGGCUUCGUAUUCCUCAUGGGAGAGGGUGUCAUCGCCGCUGCUGUCGGCAAGGGACGGCAACGACCUCUCUGGAUCAACAUCCACGCCCUACUCCAAGGCCUGGCAGGCGCCGCCAUUGCAGCCGGAACCACCGCCAUCUACCUCAACAAAACCCGCCUCGGCAAACCGCACUUCACCACUCUCCACUCUCGGCUCGGCCUCGCAGCGCUGGUGCUCUCUGCAGGCAUUGCUGUGGGCGGUGCUGUGGUGAAGUAUCUACCUGCUGCUGGGGUGGGUGUGGGUGUGGUGGAGGCGACACGGCGUGCGCACAAGCAGUUUGGCUCUGUGGCGUUUUUCUUAGGAGUGGCGGUGUGUGUGAAUGGGCUCCGACUCACCAACCCUUCCAGCCCUGUGUACAAGGUGAGGGUAGGGGGGAGCUGGGGGAAAGGUGGGCAUAAGGAAGAGUGGAUGUGGGGUGAAGGUGGGUGA